AUGGUAGGUCAUCGAAGUCGAGCAACCGGAAACGACAAUGCGCAUGAUGCCAAACAAAGUACAUAUCUCCGCCGAGACUUAGAACAAGGCAGACCGUCAAAAGAUAGGAAAUAUAGAUUUCGCGAUCAUGGACCUUUGGAGCCAGAUGAUCGAAGACGAGAAGAAUUCAAGACGAAAUUAUUAGAUGGGGUGAAAAAAUCGAGUUUGGAGAGCUUCCGCAAGAAAGAUGAAGAGCUCAAAGAAAUGCCAAAAUCCGUCCGCAGUUUUUACGAAGAACAAAACAAUCGUCUAGAUGACUGGCUCGAAGUCAAUGCCCUUGUCCAAGCACUUGCAGAUGAUAUCCUCGAAUCCUUCGAUCCGCGAGAUGAUAACGGAGAUGGAGUGGCAGAAGGCGGUGGUGCAUUACAAGACACCCAAGGAUUUGUCGAACCUUUCUUACCAGAUGCCGAACAAGAGAAACGUCAAAAAGCUCGAAGAAGCGCAAAAUGGGCUAUCAAUAUAAAUGUUAUCGCGAAUAUCAUCUUGCUCAUUGCAAAGGCGGUAGCGGCGUUCUAUUCCUCGUCUCUUUCUCUUAUUGCUUCGUUGGUGGAUUCCGCUCUUGAUCUUUUGUGUACGGUGAUUGUAUUCACGACGAAUCGAUUGGUACAGUGGCGAUUGAUGAGCUUGAAACGGAAAUUUCCAGUGGGAAGAAAAAGAUUGGAACCAAUUGGCAUUCUGGUCUUCUCAAUCAUCAUGAUUAUUUCAUUCCUACAAAUCCUUCAAGAAUCGGCCCAGAAACUCAUGUCCAAGGGUCCGCAUCAAGCAAAGGAAUUACCCGUCAUUGCUAUUGCUUCCAUGGCUGGUACGAUUGGUCUCAAGGGACUUAUUUGGUUCGGAUGUAUCAAAAUUAAAACUACUCAGGUACAAGCUUUGGCUCAAGACUGCAAAACCGACGUCGUAUUCAACACACUCUCCCUCAUCUUCCCCUACAUCGGCCAUGCCGCCAAUCUCUGGUGGCUCGAUCCCCUCGGCGCCGGACUCCUCUCCCUCUUCAUCAUCUACGACUGGGCAUCCACCUGUCUCGAAAACAUCUUUCGCCUCACCGGUUCCGCCGUCGACGAUCGUCUUCAGCAAAAACUUACAUUUCUCGCGUGGCGCUUUUCCCCGCUCGUCAAUGGAUACAAAAGUAUUACGGCGUAUCACGCGGGCGAUGGGGUGUGGGUCGAAGUCGAUAUUUUGUUGUCUGAGGGCACGACGCUCGAGGAGGCCCAUGAUGUCGCGGAAACGUUGCAGUAUUGUUGUGAGGGGUUGCCCGAGGUGGAUAGAGCGUUUGUCACGUGUGAUUAUGCGGUUCAAGGACCGUCUGGGCAUGCGAUGGAGGGGGUUAAUUGA